AUGUCAAAACUGUGUGGUUUGAACGUAGUUCAGCUACGAGAAGAACUACAGAAACGAAGCCUUGUCACAAGUGGCAACAAAGAAGUACUAGUAGCACGUCUGAGAGAAGCUCUCAUUGACGAAUGUAAGAACCCAGACGAAUUCAAGUUUGAUGGUGCUGAUGAGGACAAUGAAAUUAGCACAGGCACGUUUACAACCGCUAAAAUGAUGGAACUUCUGCUUAAGGAGUUAAAACACGUAAAAUUGGAAGUGGCAGAACAGAUUGAAGAACAGUCAACAAGAAUAGAAAUGAUCGAGCAGAAACUUGAUCGUCAGACCGUUGAGGUAGAUCACAAGAUAGACAAAUUGAAGCGAGAAUUGGAGCAAUCCCAAAAAAUGGCCAUGCCGUUAGAUCACGCAUCCGGAAGAACUUUGAAGGUGCCAGCAUUUGACGGAGAGAUGUCCUGGAACGUUUAUAAAACCCAGUUCGAAGCAGCGGCAACUAGUAACUGUUGGAACGGAAAAGAACGAGCAACAGCACUGAUACUGGCCCUGCGAGGUUCAGCAGCAGAGGUUCUUCAGACGAUUCCGGCGGAGAACCACUUCAACUAUGAAGUUCUGGUUAGCGCGUUGGAUUUACGUUAUGGUGAAGAACACAUGAAACAGAUUUAUCGGUCUCAGCUUAGAAACAGAAUGCAACGAUCUGGUGAAUCCAUUCAGCAGCUGGCACAAGAUAUCGAACGGUUGACAUUGCUGUCGUAUCCGACAUCAGACCCCGAGCAUAGAGACGAAACUGCCCUGGAUACGUUUAUCAAAGCCCUUCGUGAUUCAGAACUCAAGCAAUCCCUUCUCUUGUCAGAUAAACGAAAACUCAAGGAUGCCGUUGCGCACAGUCUCACUUUUGAAUCGGCAAAGCAAGCAUCAAAAAGUGAUGUACGUCUACGCCAAGUACAUGAAGAAUGCUCUUGCCAGAAGGUGGUUGUGAAACGCGAACCUCAACAGUACGGUGUACCCCAAUGCUGGAUUUGUGGUGAAAAAGGACAUCUACGUCGUGAUUGUAAACACCGCCGAAAAGAUAACUACUGCCGAAAUUGCGCGACAAGAUGGCGCAAAAGAAGAGAAGAUGAUCCAGUAUCACGAUCGGCCCCUUCUAACGAAGGGGCGGAAAACUAA